GGAAAUCUCGCGAGAGAUCGAGUUCUCAUGAAUUCUCCCAGGAGUCUCUGCUCUUCCUCUUCUCCCUAAGCGGCCUGAGGUGACCUCUGAAAAUGGUUCGCUAUUCGCUUGACCCAGAAAACCCUACGAAAUCAUGUAAAUCAAGAGGUUCAAAUCUUCGUGUUCACUUUAAGAACACACGUGAAACUGCCCAGGCCAUCAAGGGUAUGCAUAUCCGAAAAGCCACCAAGUAUCUGAAGGACGUCACUUUACAGAAGCAGUGUGUGCCAUUCCGUCGCUACAAUGGUGGAGUUGGUAGGUGUGCCCAGGCCAAACAGUGGGGCUGGACACAGGGUCGGUGGCCCAAGAAGAGUGCUGAAUUUUUACUGCACAUGCUUAAAAAUGCAGAGAGUAAUGCUGAACUUAAGGGUUUAGAUGUUGAUUCUCUGGUCAUUGAGCACAUCCAGGUGAACAAAGCCCCCAAGAUGCGGCGUAGAACGUACAGGGCUCAUGGUCGGAUUAACCCAUACAUGAGCUCUCCCUGCCACAUUGAGAUGAUCCUUACUGAAAAAGAGCAGAUUGUUCCUAAACCAGAAGAGGAGGUUGCACAGAAGAAAAAGAUAUCCCAGAAGAAACUGAAGAAACAAAAACUUAUGGCCCGGGAGUAAAUUCUGCAGAAUAAAUGCAAAUAAAAAUAAAAAGAGAAUGUUGGUGGCCUUUUAUUAUCAAACAUAUUUCAAGUAUCUUCGCAAAAUGGAUCAAAUGAGUUUUCUGAUUAGAACUAGAAAGAUUAUUGUUUGUCCUGUGCCAUUAAUUUUGGUUCAUUAAAUAUGCUGUUUUGAAUUUC